AUGGGAGACGAGGAGAACGAGAAGAACGGCGGGCGGUACGAGGGCAUCGAGGACGAGGCGUCUGGCGGGACGAGUUCGCUCUCGACAGUCGCGCAUCGACCUGCUGUUCCUCCGCUCGCUUGCAUGCGUUACUCGCCUCGACCCUGCGUCAAUCAGGACAUUGUCGACGCUUUGAAGCCUCUGCGGGACUGGCGCUUCGCCGAGUACGGUUCUGGAAGUCCGGAAGGCAUCUCAUACGCUACUGCUAUCUCCGUCAUCAUCGCUUGCCCUUACAAGAUUCGUUCGGGCGAAGAGGCUCGCGCACUCUUCAAGGCGCGUUCCCGCCUGGUCCUCCCGCUCGACAGCUUGCUAAACUCCGUUCCCGUGCAGGUCGGCGGUAAGAUUGCGCUUCGUAUAGACGAGUUCCUCGAGACGGGACGGGUUAAGGAGGCCGACGACCUAGCACACAACUCUCGAUACCAGGCGCUCAAGUCACUUAUGACUGUGCACGGCGUCGGGCAUCACACGGCGAAGCAGCUGUACGAACAGGGUUAUCGCUCGGCGGAGGACAUGCGGAGAAGCGGCAAGUGGGAGAAAGAGUUCCGCUACCACGACGACAUACAGAUACCCAUCCCUAGAUCCGAGGUCGAAAGCAUAGAGCGCUUCGUCAAGCUGCAGCUCGACAGGAUACAGCGAGGCAGCCAUAUUGUUAUUACUGGAGGGUAUCGACGAGGGAAGGUCAUGUCAAACGACGUAGACUUGCUUAUUACCUUCCCGCAUCAAGACGGCAAGGAACGCGGGAUACUGCGCAAGCUGUGCCGUCGACUCGAAGCGAAGGGUCUUAUCCCUCCCGAUGGAAUUCUCUCCUUCAGUGAGCCCGCAACGCUGCGAUCCAUCAAGGAGAACAAGAAGGCGACCUCUUUCGACUCGCUCGACAAGGCGCUCGUCGUCUUCCGCCAUCCAGCAAACGGCACGACCCGAAAGCGCGACAUGUAUCGACGUGUCGACCUCAUCAUUUCGCGGUGGCCAAGCUUCGGCGCAGCAGUAAUGGGCUGGAGCGGGUCGACGCAGUUUGAGCGGGACUUGCGGAAGCAUGCUGAGAAGCUAGGCUACAAGUUCGACUCUGGCGGACUGCGCGUCCGCGGAACGCACGAAGUCGUGCCGACCAUGAUGGAGAAGGACGUCUUCCGGGCGCUCAAGCUGAAGUACAUCCGUACGUUCGAGUUCCCUGGAAGGUCGCGACCAGCGUAA